AUGAAUGUACUCACUCCCAAUACUAAUGAGAAUAUUGUUAAGAUCUCUGUAAACAACCUAAAAAGCAAAAAGUUUGCUUUCCCUAGUCCUUGUUUAGACACCAACGAGGAAAAUGUUGACUUAAGAGAGGAUUGGGAAUAUGAUAUUGCUACAAAUUAUGAAAAGCUUCUUCGUUAUCAGGAUGAUCAAGAUAUUGGAAAAUUUGAAGACAUUAAUCUAUCCUACGAUAUCGAAUCGCCAAGACUGCCGAUUAUAGAAGAAUUAGAUUUAUCUUCAAUUCCUAAACGUUAUCAAAACGGUAAAUUUGACUGUCAUCCCUUUUUCCAUUGUGUUGAUUAUGAAAGUAAAUUUGAUACAGAUGAUAUUCUAGAGUUGAUUGUGAAUGAUGAAAUUAAUGAUGUGGUUCCUAUUUUCGACAGAGAGUUAGAAUUUAAAGAAUUGGAAAUGAAAACGUCCAAAUUUGAUUGUGUAGUGCAUUUUUUAUUAGGAGUGGAUACAACUGGAUAUUUCGAACUAAAAAAGCAAAGAAGUCUAUUUUUGGAGUCGCCUUGGAGACAAUAUAUUGAACCAUUGCGAUAUGCAGAUGCCGAACUUACGAUAAAUGACAGUUGUAGUGAUGUCGAUUUCGAUGAGAUUGAGCAGUCUUCUAACUACGAUGGGAAUGAAAGUGAGCAAAGUCAGGAAUACAUUUGA